AAUCCAAGAUGUUCGAGGAAGUGAGUAAUGCGAAGAACUCACCUGGCUGCCGCCAGUCGGGCAACAAUCAAUUCUACCUGGCUGGUUCCUCAUGGCAUCCCUACCUCCCACCCAGUGGCUUUGACACCUGUGCCAUUUGCACGUGCGAUCCUGUCUCCCUGCAGAUCUCCUGCUCCAAAGUCCAGUGUCCACAGCUGCAGUGCAGCGAGAAGGAUGCCUAUCGUCCGGAUAAGAAAUCCUGCUGCAAGAAAUGCCCCGAGAUUCGUGUAGAAAUAUAUAGAGGAGAUAAGGCACAUCCGGACUUACUAAAAGAUCAAAGCUUCACACCCAAUAAAACAGCUUCGACACAGGAGAUCCUGGCAAAUGGGGGCUGUUCCCAUGCUGCAACAGUGUACGAAAAUGGCCAAGAAUGGCAUCCUUUCAUCUCUUCUUAUGGUGAAGAAAAAUGCGUGGAUUGCCGAUGCAAGGAUGGCAUCAUUCAGUGCAGUAAGAAGAGGUGUACACGAUCUGUGUGCAAUAACAGGAUACUGGGGAAGAAUAACCGCAAGGAUAAGAAUAAUGUGGAUGAAUGUUGCUCAGCACAGUGUCAUCGUGUGAGGAAUCACAAUCACAAUGCAAGAAGGAUGCGACGAGAAAGAAUACGGGAUCGUCAUCAACAACAUGCUAAGAGUUGAAGGGACUCACAUAAAGUCCUUUUCCCGCAUUCAUCCAACAAAAAAGUGCAUCAUUUAUGGAAUGAAAAAAAAAGAAAUUUGGAAAGUUCAAUAUUUCUUUUAUACACAAAAAUAAUGUAAAACAAAACCUUCACAUCUUAUAUACGUGUCAUAAUAUCAUUUACACUGUUUGUCCCAAAAAAUGAAUGGUGAUUUUAUUUAUUUAGCGAGAGAGAACCAAGAAAACAUUUUGUAAGAUUCACACACACACAUUUUAGUUUUUUCUGUGCAGAAAAACAAGAUUUUUCCAUACAAACUUUAAUAAAAAAAAACAACAAAAAAUGGGAAGACCAAAAGAAUAGGAAAAGUGGAAGAAAAAAAAUUAAAUAUAUAUUUCCUUUUAGUGGAAAACAAGCUGAAAAAUUGUACAACUUUUAAACUUAUUAUUAUUAGGAAUGAAAUUAGAACUUUUAAUGGUGUGGACAUUUUGAAGGAGAAGUAAAAAAAAUCAACAAAUUGGCUUCAAAAAUCGCGAUUUAUGGAAAAAAAAGUGAAGCAAUUAGUGUUUUAAGUUCUGUUGUUACCACGUACCAAAGAAGACUGAAGUGGGUGAUGGAGUAUUUUUUUUUAUAAAAAAUCAUUAUAGGAAACAAAAAAAAAUGAUUUCAGAAACCCAAUCAUUUUUGAAAAUUAUUUGCAAAAAAAAACACAAUAAAACAAAUUGCAAAAAAAUGGACACGUUUGAAAUGUCUCGUAUAAAUUAUUAUUUGUUCUAUAGGCGAUAAAAAAAAUGAUGAAAGAAAACCAUUUAACAUGAAAAAAAAGUAACUAAAGCGAAUUAACGUGAUGAAGAUGAAAAUUAAAAUAUUAAUACAACUUCAUUCUCGGAAGAACUGACGAAAGGACAAAGAAAUGGGAGUGGUAGAUGAUAGGAAGAAGGUCAACAAAAGAGGAUUUGUCAGUGUGGACGGAAAGAAAGAACCUCCUGCAUUAUUAUUAUAAUUAUUAUUAUAUACAAAAUACUUAAUAUUCUUUACUCUGUUGUAAAAGUAAUAUUUUCUACACAAUAAAAAAAGCAAAAAAACAAUAAAAUUAAUUUAAAAAACAAAGCACUUAAUCCUUCUUAUUUGCCCUUUUCCUCCCCGAAAAGGACGCAAUGUUUGAGAGUCUUAAAAAUAAACUAGAAACAGACACUAAUCUUGAGCUCCAUUUUUUUUAAUUUAUAAUUAUUUUAAAGAAAAAAUAUCAUAAUUAAUUUAAAGUUAAUAAACUCAUUGAAAAAGUGAGGAAAAAGUCUAUUCUUUCAUUAAAUUUAUUAAUAAAAGUAAAAGAAAUAACUUAACUGAAAAUUAUACACUGAAAAAAAUAUUCUUAUAUAGGAAACAAAAUCGCUUUACAAAUUUAUAGUCUCUGAAUAAUGCUAUAUUAAAGUUUUUUUUUCUUCAUUUGAACCUUCUCUCCAAGUGCAGUUUCAAGUUUGCAAUGUUUUUUUUUAUCUUCAACCAAACUUAUAUAUACAUAAAUAAGUAUAAGUAUAUGAAAAAGAAAUAUUGAUGAGAGAAGGAAUAAAGAGAUAUCUAAUGCUAAUUAAUUUUGAUAUUCAUCUUAUAGAGGGGAGAAAAAAAUGUAAAGAAAAUGAAAAAAUGUGUAUAGAGGAAGUUAAUUGUAUUUCUAAAAUGCAAAUAAUGUAUACAAAGAUUUUUUUCUAACUACAAAUACAAAAAAAAAUGAAAAAGGAACAACAAAUUAUAUGACAUCUACUUACUAUUAUGUAUAUUUUACAAAAUAACAUCUUGUAUUAUAAAAAAAAUAAUUAAAAUAAUAAUGAUUAACCAAGCUUGUUAUUAUAAAUAAUACAUUAAAACUGAAUGAGAGAGCAAGCGAAAAAGAAGAAAACUUACGAAAGAACAGUCUAAAAAAGAAAAAUUUUACUUAUUAUUUUACCAACCACUUUUCGCUCUCAGUGUUUUCACUAUUAUGCGUCAGUGGAGGCGCCCGGUACCAGGCGCAAACAUUUCACUUUUUCAGCCAAAUAAAACAUCUUUUUCGGCAAUA